AUGGAGGUCAGAUACAACCAAGAGACGGACGGGAUGGUGUUGAAGAAUGGACUAAAGGAGGGGAAGGAUAGCAAGGACUCCCAGGGCAGCUUGUCCAAAAGCUUCCUCAAGGAGCAGCAGGACUCCUUUUCCCCCUCUGGGACUCUAGACAACUGCGAGAAGAACAGAGGGAGCACAGGGGACCCAGACUACUGUCGGAGAAUACUAGUCCGAGAUGCUAAAGGCUCCAUCAGAGAGAUUAUUCUGCCGAAGGGUCUGGAUCUGGACCGGCCCAAACGGACCCGCACCUCCUUCACUGCAGAGCAGCUCUACCGGUUAGAGAUGGAGUUUCAGAGGUGCCAGUAUGUGGUUGGGAGGGAAAGGACUGAACUGGCCCGCCAGCUCAAUCUGUCUGAAACUCAGGUGAAGGUCUGGUUCCAGAACCGGCGCACUAAGCAGAAGAAGGACCAGGGGAAGGACUCGGAGCUGCGCUCAGUGGUUUCAGAAACAGCAGCGACCUGCAGCGUGCUCAGACUGCUGGAGCAGGGGCGGCUGCUGACACCUCCGGGCCUGCCGGGCCUCCUACCCCACUGCAGCAGUGGCACCCUGGGCUCUGCUCUGCGCCCUCCCUCCAUGGCCAUGGCCAGCAAUGGCAGCAAUAGCAGCAGCGGUGGCAGCAGCACAGGCACAGCGGGCAGCAGCCCACCUCUACCCACCGUUACCAGCUCAGGGACAGUUGCGGGCCUGCAGAGCUCACCUGCGGCUCACAGUCUCUUCAGCUUCCCCAUGCCGUCCUUACUCAGUGGCGUCGCCACUCGCAUUUCCUCCAAUCCCCUGUCCAUGGCCGGCUCGCUGGCUGGCAACCUGCAGGAACUUUCAGCCCGCUACCUGAGCUCCUCUGCAUUUGAGCCUUACUCGCGGACCAAUGGCAAAGAAUCCAUGGACAAGAAAAUUCUGGAAUGA